UUCAUAGUACAGUUAGCGAUGCAAGCGCAAAAUAGAAAUACAUUAGUCGCUCGAUUACAAUAAUACACAUCGUUCCUCAUCUUUAUGCACGCUUUUAAAAGUUCUAACGAAAAUAAUUCAAUUCUAAAAGUAGCUGCACAAUGGACCCCGAUCUCAAUAUAAAACUAAUCAAAGAGGUGAAAAGGUUUGCGUGCUUGUAUGACUUAACCUCACCGGAAUAUCGAAAUACUAAGUGGAAGGAUACAAUUUGGAAGAAAAUUGCAGCAGAUUUGAAUACGAAAGAUAUAUGGUGCAAGAAACGUUGGAAAACGCUGCGGGACACGUAUAGGAAAAAAAGGCGGUUGGAGGGGAUGGAGACUUGUAGUACGAAACCGAUUUCAAAUAAAAAGUUUAAGUUUGCCCAAGAAAUGUCUUUUCUGGAGGGUGUUACGGAUGGUCGAUCAUAUUGCCCCAGUGACGACGAUGACUACGAUGCCAAUGAGACAGGGCACAGUGGGGUUGAAGCUUCUUGGACGGCUUUGCCUUCUCCAGCCGACUCUCUAACACCUAAACAUGAAGACUCCACGUCUAACCUUUCCGCACCAUCUUAUAAAGCAAGUUCAACCAAGAAAACUGAGAACCAUGUGAAUCCAGCUUCUGAUCCAUUAGCAGCGAGAAAGUCUACUUUACUACUUUUCGAAAGUUUGGCGCACAAAAUAAUGUCAGCGGGCUUGUCGGAAAGUGAUGCGGAUGCCAUUGAACUGAAGGUAGCGUCGGUUGUAUAUGAAGAACUGGCAAAACUCCGUCAACAGAGGCAAAGUAUCUGAUACGACCAAAACAUAUUGAAGAAUAACUGUAACAUAAAAUAAAUCAGCUGUAGCAAUAAGAAAUGAAGAAUAUAUGUAUUUGAUCAUCAUAACAUUGGCUUCUGAGAUUUUAUGACUUGCCAACUAAGUACAAAAUAAAAUGAAGCCAAAAAAUCACGGAAUAUUAAAUAACUGUAAAACUAUUUUGAAUACUGUGAAGCGAAUGCGGUGUAGCGCGUCUAUUAAGUUCCUUUUAUGCAAUUCUAUAUUAAUAUUCAGGCAGGUUAUGCAAUUCGCUUCCGAGUGAAGUUUAAUCAAAUCCAUUUAAAAUCCGAUACUUGGUGUUCGGUGGAAGAGAAGGAAGAA